GCACACGUAUGUACAUCCUAAAAGCAGCCCAACCAUCGUGCUAAACAAGUUUAUAAGUUGACGCAGUGCUAGUGCUUGUGUGACAGACGUUCUCCUGUUUCAGCUGGAUCUGUUGGAUUAAGUCAACUAGCAUUGCCCUUGGUGUCUAGUUUAUAUUCACAGCCACUGAAUAAACAUAACGAAAGUGUCGUAGCAACAGUGGUGUAGUCAGUGUACGUACUUCAAUUUGAACGUGUUUAAGUUUGCAUCGAUCGUGAGAUUUCAUUGGACGGACAGACGAUAAUGGAUCUCCCUUACACGAAGACGACAAAGGAGAUCUUAGAUCAUUACCAAGUCAAUGGGACGGAAGGAUUAUCAGAGCAAAGAGUGGCAGAGCAAAGAAAACGUUUCGGCACCAAUGAGCUGCCAGCAGAAGAAGGAAAGUCUCUGUUGGCGCUUUUAUUGGAGCAAUUCGACGAUUUAUUAGUGAAAAUUCUUCUCCUGGCGGCCGUAAUCUCGUUUGUUCUGGCUUGGUUUGAGGACGGUGAUCACCAGACUACAGCUUUCGUCGAACCUUUUGUCAUUCUUCUCAUUUUGAUAGCCAAUGCAAUCGUCGGAGUAUGGCAGGAGAGAAAUGCCGAGUCAGCAAUCGAGGCUCUCAAGGAGUACGAACCGGAGAUGGCCAAAGUGAUUCGCCAGGGGAAAGGGGGCGGAGUCUCGAGCAUACGAGCCAAAGAGCUGGUCCCUGGAGACAUUGUGGAAGUAUCAGUUGGAGAUAAGAUCCCAGCUGAUAUACGCCUCAUCACUAUUCACUCUACAACACUCAAGAUCGACCAGUCCAUUCUCACGGGUGAAUCGGUCACGGUCAUGAAGCACACUGACGCCAUUCCUGACACAAAGGCAGUCAACCAGGACAAGCUCAACAUGCUCUUCUCUGGCACAAACGUUGCGUCCGGCAAGGCUAGCGGAGUGGUGGUUGGAACUGGCCUCCUGACGGAGAUAGGGAAGAUCAGGGAUCAAAUGGUGAACACUGAGGACGAGAAGACGCCUCUUCAGCAGAAACUGGACGAAUUUGGAUCACAGCUCUCAAAGGUCAUCUCCGUAAUCUGCAUCGCCGUCUGGCUUAUCAAUAUCGGCCAUUUCUCUGACCCUGCCCACGGUGGCUCUUGGAUCAAAGGUGCCAUCUACUACUUCAAGAUUGCUGUGGCCCUAGCAGUCGCCGCCAUUCCCGAAGGUUUGCCAGCUGUCAUUACCACCUGUUUGGCUCUGGGAGCACGACGAAUGGCUAAAAAGAACGCCAUUGUUCGUAAUCUUCAUGCCACCGAAACUCUUGGCUGUACGUCUGUGAUCUGCUCUGAUAAGACUGGGACUCUGACAACCAAUCAGAUGUCAGUUAGAAGGCUGUUUGUGCUCAAAGAUGCCACUGAUGACAAGGCUGAGUUCUUAGAGUUCGAAGCGACUGGCUCCACCUACUCUCCUGAAGGAAAACUCUUAUGUGGUGGUGCGGAUGUGAGGAGUGGAGAGUACAGAGAUGCCCUCAAGGAGUUCAUGGAUAUCUGUAUGCUCUGCAAUGACUCUGGCCUUGACUACAAUGAGCGUAAGCAGAUCUACGAGAAGAUAGGAGAACCCACAGAAGUGGCCCUCAAAGUGCUAGCGGAGAAGGCUAACGUGCUCGGGGUGGAUCGAUCGGAUAUGACUGCACAUGACAAAUCAUGUGCCUGUUUCAAAGCAUCCAAGUCUGAGUUUGAAAAGAUCUUCACGCUCGAGUUUUCCCGAGACAGGAAGUCGAUGAGCGUGUACUGCAAGACUAAGGAUAACCAGCCCCUCAUGUUUGUAAAGGGAGCUACAGAGGGGAUCCUCGAUCGCUGUGCUUACCUCAGAAUCAACGGUCAAGACAAAGUACCUCUCACCGAGGAACUGAAGGAACAAAUCCUCGCCAAAGCCAUCAGCUAUGGAACUGGUGCUGACACGCUCCGUUGCCUCGGCCUAGCUACAGUGGACAACCCUGGACCCAGGGAGGAGAUGAACUUGAUAGACCCUGCAAACUUUGUGCAGUACGAGAGUGACAUGACGUUUGUGGGUGUGGUUGGAAUGUUGGACCCUCCUCGUCCAGAGGUCAAGGAAUCUAUACAGAGAUGCUUUCAUGCUGGCAUACGAGUCAUUGUCAUCACCGGGGACAACAAGUCGACAGCUGAGGCUAUCUGCAAGAAGAUCGGAGUGUUUGGGCCGACAGAAGAAUGUGCCGGCAAAUCUUUCUCUGGUCGGGAGUUUGAUGCCAUGACAACAGCCGAGCAAGCUGACGCAUGUGCCACGGCCAAGCUCUUCUCACGAGUGGAGCCGGCACACAAGAGCAAGAUUGUCGACUAUCUGCAAAAGGACGGCACUGUUGCUGCCAUGACUGGAGAUGGUGUCAAUGAUGCUCCAGCCCUCAAGAAGGCUGAGAUUGGAGUAGCCAUGGGAUCAGGAACAGCUGUUGCAAAGAGUGCCUCAGAGAUCAUUUUAGCUGAUGACAACUUCUCGACGAUAGUGUCAGCUGUUGAAGAGGGCAGGGCAAUAUAUAAUAACACCAAGCAGUUCAUUCGCUACCUCAUCUCCUCCAACAUCGGGGAGGUUGUUUGUAUCUUCCUGACAGCUGUCCUUGGUCUCCCUGAGGCCCUCAUCCCAGUGCAGCUGCUGUGGGUCAACCUGGUCACGGAUGGGCUCCCUGCCACGGCACUAGGAUUCAACCCACCUGACGUCGACAUCAUGGACAAACCACCGAGGCAUGUUAAAGACCCGCUCAUUUCUGGAUGGCUCUUCUUCCGUUAUCUGGCUAUCGGAGUGUAUGUGGGCAUAGCAACAGUGGGAGCUGCCACCUGGUGGUUCAUGUUCUAUUCUGGAGGCCCACAAAUCAAUUAUUAUCAGUUGUCUCACCACCUCCAAUGCACCAAUACCACCCUUGAGUUUUCUUCUCUGAGUAGCUGUGACAUAUUUGAUGACCUUCACCCCAUGACUAUGGCCCUCUCCGUCCUUGUUACCAUAGAGAUGCUCAACGCUCUCAACAGUUUGAGUGAGAACCAGAGUCUACUGGUGAUGCCCCCCACUAAGAACAUAUGGCUGCUGGGGGCCAUUCUCCUCUCAAUGACUCAGCAUAUUCUCAUCCUCUACAUUCCACUGCUCGCUCAGACCGUGUUCCAAAUAACACCGCUCAACCUGACCGAGUGGUUUGCAGUGCUCUGUUUCUCAGUGCCUGUUAUUCUGCUUGAUGAGUUGCUCAAGUUUAUGUCUCGUCAGCGUGAUUUCAACAAGUCCCCUACCAAGUUAAAGAAGGAGUAAACACCUUGACAGAGAAUGGAGCAUGGACUUAAUUUUAACAGUCACUCCAUCAGAGUAGCUGUGAUACAUAAUUUAUAGUACAUUAGACUGAGAAAAACUCAUGGAAAUCUCUAGGACCACUCAUAAUUAUAAUUAUACAUACAUUCAUGCAACAUGUAGAGUAGUUAGUAUAUUAAAUUUGGUUUUUCUUUACUUUCUUUCUUUUAUGCACUAAAUUCAAUUCUACGAUAAUUAUAUCUGCUGUAUUUAUUUCACACUACUCUCAACUAUUGCAGAAUUUUAGUGAUUUUUCAAUA